CCAUUGUUAAACCCACCACUGUUGAACCUGUCACUGUUGAGCCUACCACUGUUGAGCCUACCACUGUUGAGCCUACCACUGUCGAGACUACCACUGUUGAACCUGUCACUGUUAAGCCUACCACUGUUGAGCCUGUUAUUGGCGAAAUAUCCAACAAUGCACCUGAUGAAACAAAAGAGGAAAACACAGAGGCCCAAGAUACAGACAUCAAAGACUCCAAGAAUUUAGGAACCGAAUUUAACUUGAAUCAAGAGGAGAUAUCAGACCACGAGCGAUCCAAAAAUACAGAAUGGUUUUUAGGAAAAUCUGCAAAGAGCCCAGAAAGAUAUAUGCGAAUUCGAAACCACAUUAUCCAAUGCUGGAAACAAACAAGCCCUUCUUAUCUGACAAAGACAGCAGGAAGAAAAAACUUGGCUAACUGUGGUGAUGUCAAUGCAGUAGGUCGAAUUCAUGCUUAUUUGGAAAGCAUCAAUGCUAUUAAUGUCAAUUGUACGAGUCCCGUCAAAAGAAAUUACACUAGAACAUCCACAUAUGGAGAUGACGGUACACCAAGAAAGAAGAAGGUCAAGAAAACGCCAGGCUUCUUUUGGGCCGAUGUAGAUGAAGAUGAAGAUUUCGAGAGAAGAGAUGACACGGUUAGAGGAGAUGGCAAAUCACGACCAAAGCGCGUCGUAAAAAGACCUGAAACGUUUUAUGAUGAGAACGGAAAUGAAUCUGGGCAUGGUAAUGACCCAUUUACAUUAGUUCCAGUCGGAUAUUACCCUAAUGAAAGAAGUGCCCCAUUCACUGUCGAUGUCACAAGCGAUGCCUUGCUUGUUAUGGAAUUCCAUUCACAUCUUGCAUAUACGGAAAUUAUUGGCUUACUCGGUGGACGAGUAAUUCACAAUGAGGAUGGAUCACAACAGCUUAAAGUAGAGUAUGUUUUCCCUUGUCGUAGUACAAGUACCGGCAUCCAGUGUGAAAUGGACCCUGUUUCCGAAAUGGCUGCCCGAGAUGUGUUUGAGCAAAAGGGUUUGCAGGUUGUUGGCUGGUACCAUUCCCACCCCACCUUUGAACCCGAGCCUAGUAUUCGAGACAUCGAGAACCAGACUUCGUAUCAGGAUUUAUUCCGCGAUGAUGUAUCAGGAGUGGAGCCAUUUAUUGGAGUCAUCAUUACCCCUUAUAAUUCCAGAAAUAUGGUACCCGAUAAGUCUCAGAUUCAAUUCAUUCACAUCAGUAAACGCUGGAGCGCAAACAAGGGUUAUCGUUUACCAUUUGCAUGUUACCAAAAAGUCACUCAAUGUAAGACCAUCUCACCGGAACUUCCAAAUAUAUUCAAACACCUUAUUUCCGAAUACAAGUCAUACGAACAUAAAAUUGACAUGAAGUUACCUUAUGGCGAAACCAACCGAUUGGACAAGCUCAUCUUUUCAUUAAAGAAUCAUUUGUUUAUGGAACCCGAUAAAAACGAAGAAUUCCUCUCCGACCUGAAAAAAAUGAUCCAGGACAGCUUUCAUAAUGACGAAAAUACAGAACAUUCAUUGCUGACUCAAGAAUCACGACAAAAACAAAUGGAUAACAUUGUCAAUUCAUUGGCUAUCUAACUCACAAAAGGAAAAUAUCUUUUUAUUUUUUCGGAUUUUCUUAUAAAAAAAAAAAAGUAAAUAAUCUAGUGCAUAAUGAAAAUCGUUCCUUUGGUAUUGCGUGUAAAAAAAAAAAAAAAAUUUAAAAAAAAAAAUUCAAUAAAAAAGUUACAGUUUUAAAUCAGCAGAUCUCAAGUAUGUAAAGUAACAAGAUCCAGCCAAGGCAAUCAUCA